AAGAUUUUAUUUUUUGAUCUCUCUUCCAUAAUAUGUGAAAAAAAUAUUAUUUUAACACAUUUAUGUAUGUGGAAACUUAUCAAGAUUUCAUUUCUUUUAUUUGUAUCAUUUAUAUAAUAUGCGCCAACAUUGAUUGUUUUAACACAUUUUUGUUACAUGCUAGCAAACUAUAUUUGCCAUGAUAACCAACUACUAAUUAUAUUGGAGAUAGUGUUGAAAUUAUUUGAUAAGUAAUUGAGUAUUAAAUACGAGCGAGCUUCUUUUCUCAAAGUUCAAACCCUACCCAGCUUUCUACCCACAAACAAAGACGCAAUUACAAAUGGCUGAGGCAGCUUUGGAUAUGACUCUCGACGAUCUCAUCAAGAAGAAUAAGACCGGUACCGGAGGUAAGCCUCGUGGCAGAGGCCGCGGCGCCGCCUCCACCUCCAGUGCUGGACCUUCUCGACGGGUCCCUAAUCGUUCUGCUAACCGAGCUGCACCUUAUUCCAUCGCCAAGGCCCCUCAAGCGUCGUGGAAUCAUGAUAUGUUCGAGGCAGAUCAAGCCGUCGCCUUUGGUCAAGCUGGUGGUCGGGCGUCUUCCAUAGAGACUGGGACUAAACUCUACAUCUCCAAUCUUGAUUACGGCGUCUCCAAUGAGGAUAUCAAGGAGCUCUUUUCAGAAAUUGGUGACCUGAAACGUUAUGCUGUUCAUUAUGAUAGGAGCGGGAGAUCAAAGGGAACAGCAGAGGUGGUUUUCUCACGUAGACAAGAUGCACUAGCUGGUGUUAAAAGGUUCAACAAUGUUCAGCUUGAUGGGAAGCCAAUGAAGAUUGAAAUUGUUGGAACCAACAUUGUCACUCCUACUGCCCCUUUUUCCAAUGGAGCUUUUGGUUUUGGAGAUACUAAUGGAGCUCCUAGAAGUGGUCAAGUAAGAGGUGGUGGUUUUGGGAGGUCACGGGGUGGCAGAGGACGUGAUCGUGGAUUUCGAGGAGGCAACAGAGGAUGGGGAAGAGGAGGUCGUGGAGAAAAGGUAUCUGCAGAAGAUCUAGAUGCUGAUUUGAUGAAAUAUCAUACAGAAGCAAUGCAAACGAACUGAUGGGUCUGGUAGUAAUGUUUGCCUCUACAUCCAGUGCUUAGUGGAGCCACACCACACUACACCACACCACACACAGACUCUCUGUACUUUGGCCUUGUCUUUUCAAGUUGCAAGAAAGAAGUACUUGUUGGAAAAUUUCAGCCGUUCCUGUAUGGGUAUUAUGCUUAUUUAAUUUUUCCCUUGCUUUGGAUUUGUGACUUGGAUGGAGUGAUGAAAUCUACUCAACUCUUUAAUUUAUGUAAGAGAUGUAUGAUUAUAGUGGAAAUGCUAAUCCUUAGCCCCUACCACUAAAAGGCUUUGCCGAUGGUGGCAGACACCAGCCGAAGGUCGUGGAGGCAGGUUUUGUCAGUCUAUUCUUUGCCCCCUGGUUUCGCAAUUGCAGUCUUUGUGCAAUCAGCUUUACUCUAAGCUUCUAUCUAGUUUUAUCCAAUGUUUGUAAUAAGCUUUAAAAAGUUGACUUAGGAAAUAGGUAAUGGGAUCAUUACUGGGUGACUAAGUUGAAUAUCUGAAUGGAUUAUAUCUUGUUUCAAA